UUUGUGCUUUGAGUCAUGUUUCUCAUAUCGGACUCGAUUGCAAAGAUCUUGGCUUGGGCGGGCAAGCCCGUUUACUGUUUGCUCUAUGGCCGGGACACUCUGGACUCCUGGUGGAUGCGACUCACGCGGCAUCUGUGCAGCUUCGUGGUGGGCAUCGUAUUGGGCUAUUUGCUGUGGAUUCUCUUUGCCAUGAAUGCCAAUUUCGGUCUCAUACUGGAGCGCCUCAUGCCGGCGCGCAUGGUACUGUGGGUGGUCAUCCUGUGGAGCGGACUCUCCUAUAUGAUAAGCCGCAAUGUGCGUGUGAUAACGUUGCUGAUGUUCGUCAGCCUGCUGGGCAAGGCGGGCCAGAGCUAUCUGCGCGCGGUGGCCUUUGCCUUUGUCAUUGCGGGGCCCAUCGACAAUCUGGUGCAGAAUGCGCAGGAGGUGGCUCGCGUGUUCUCCUGCACCACAUUGCUCACCUACAAUCUGACCAAGACGCGGUUUGAUCUGAUGGCCAAGCCAUUCACAAAUACACUGCAAACGAUGCGGGAAGACUUGAACGAGAUUCAGGGCAAUUUCCGGGAACUGCAGAGCAUUCUGGAAGAUCUCAAGUACGGCGUGGAGAACACAAACAUCGAGGACGAAAAGUUUGGCCACAAGCAGCUACGCAGAGCUGCCAAGAAUGCCAGCGAGCCCACCUACAACAAUUCGAGCACACAGAUGCCCAAAGCUUCUGCCGUCCAGGCGAAGUUCCUGCGCAACAUGCGAAACCGUUGCAAGCACCAGCUGCGCAGUGGACAUCGCGUCUGCCAGGAGAUAUUCCUGCAGGGCUAUCGCAAGUGCACGACCAAUUUUCCCGACUGGCUGGUGGGCGUAAUCUGCUGGCCCUACCGAGUCGAUGUCAUAUGCAAAAUCAACAUGUUCGGCAACCCGGAUAAGGUGUGCGAUGCCUCAAAGGUGGUUCCUCCCAAGUUUGGCGAGACCUAUGUCAAGCUCUUGGUGGCCGAGCAUGAGCUGUAUGACAACAACUCCAAUAUCGAGAUCACCUAUCAGCUGCAGAACAUCACGACCUCCGAGCAGUUUCUGAGCGCCAAGGAGACGUCGGAGCAGUUCAUGCAGGAGUUUGAGCACAAGAAACGCAUCUUUCAGACCGUCAUGCGAGUGGUGGAGAAAUUCAUGUAUUUGUUCGUGCUGAUCGUCAUAUAUUCGUCGAUCAGAUACCAAUAUCUGUACUGCACCGACCUGGAGUUUGACAAUAUUUACAUAACGGACUACUUCAGGCACGUGGACGAGCGUCGCAAGCGGGAAAAGAAACGGUCCGUACUGCCGCUGCGCAGCCACGAGAAGGCCAUGUUCGUGUAUGGGCUGGGACGGAGCGAGGGCAGGGCGAUCCAUAUAUUCAACUUCCUGCACUUGUCCCUGGAAAUGGUGACAGCGGGCGUGUUCAUUGUGCUCGAUCAUCUGGUCGUCAGUCUGCUGCAGAUAAUUCACCAGCGAUCGCUGAUCACCUAUCGGCAGGAGGGGGAACACGAGGUGCGCUUUCGUAUCAAUGGCACUGGGCUGAUGGCUCGACUGCUGCGCACCACCAUGAGGAACUUCAACAUACACGAGCGCGUCUCCACGUCGCUCAGCAACGAGGAGUGCCUGCCGGUGGCCCAUGUACUGCCGCGAGCCUUCUACAUCGAACUCUUGCUGAUUUACCUGAUCAUCUUGCUGCUGAUCUACGAGAGCACCAGGCUGCUCGGCCUGCGUCGCACCAUCUGCAGCUACUUCUACUACAAGCACGAGAAGAAGCGCAUUCUCUACCUGUUCACCACGUUCCUGCGCUCCCGACUCUACAAUAGGGAGCUGCUGCUCAAGCGCGCCGAACAGAACCUGGCCUCGCGCCACCUCCAGGGCAAGAGGAAUAUAUUUCUACUGCUGCGCCUCAAGGCGCCCAAGUACUUUGGCUGGCUGGAGCGCUACGAUUGCGCCAAGCGCCGAUGCCUCAUCUGCAGUGUUGUGGAGAACGACGAAUUCGUCAUCUGCGACCGGUGCACUCUGCCCUACUGCAGGCCCUGCUGCCGCGAGCUGAAGUUCAUCUGCAUCUACUGUGGCAAUCUAAUGACAGCCACAGAAGACUACGAUAGUGCUGCCACACGCGACGCCAAUCUCUCCAAUCGCAAGGAGAAGUGAUAGAUCUAGCAAAUCUCUCUCGGUUAAUCGAGCAAUAUACAUGUAG